CAUCAGAGCUGGUAUCACUCACUCCUUUGCUGUGUAGUGGGUACUCCUGAGCGAUUUUGAUUUUGUGAGUGCAUGCAUUUGGAGGCCUGAACUACAGUUGUAGAGUCCUGUUGUGAAUCCAGGUUUAUCCCUUGUUCGGUCAGUCUUGUGUUUGAACAUGGCAUCCUUAAGAAGUCUAAUUCUUGUGCUGUUGAUGGCGCUGCUAUGCUCCUUCCAUACCCCAGUGGCUCCUGUGGCCAAGGCACAGGAUCUGCCGAUCCACUUUGAGCAAGGUCUGGUGGCUGAUGAUGAUGAUGAUGACAAUGACCAAAAUGAUGGUGAUGAUGAUGACGAUAAUAAUAACGACAAUGAUGACGACGACGAUGAUGAUGAUGACGAUGAUGAUGACGAUGAUGACGAUGAUGACGAUGAUGACGAUAAUGACAACGACGAUGAUGAUGAUGACGAUGAUGACGACAACGACGAUGAUGACAACGACGAUGAUGACGACGACAACGAUGAUGAUGACAACACCGACGAAAAUGACGAUGAUGAUGAUGAUGAUGAUGACGACGAUCAUGAAGAUGAUGAUCACAAAAGUGAUUAUGAUGACGACAAUGAUUACGACGAUGAAGACAAAGUUGACGAUAAAGAUGAUGACGAUCACAAAGAUGAUCAUGAUGAUGAUGAGGACAAAGAUGACGAUGAAAAAGAUGAUGAUGAUGACGAACAUGACGAAGAUGGAAAAUAUCACCAGGGGUCCGUAUGUGCAUACUGUGAAUUCUGUGAGCACUGUGACAGCUGUGAGAAGUGUCCUUGUGAAGAAGGAGACGAGUCAGAACACUGUGAUGAUUGCGAGAUGUGCAGUUUCUGCCACGUGUGUCCUGCUUGUCAAACUCUAUGCCAACCAGGGGGGUUCCUUGACAAAGUGACUGGGUCAAUCUACAAGACUGUUGCCGAUGUCUUUGAGGAAGACGAGGACAACUGAGAGCUGCCAUCAUGUGGAGAAUUGAAUGUCUCACAUUUUCUUCUGUUAGCCAUUUUUUAAGAGAGAACCUCGUUUGUGACUUCAUAGAAAUUGUUAAAGUAUCUCAAUAUAU